AUGCUAGAGUUGAUCUCACAGUGUCUCGACAGGUCGCCUUUCGGCCAUGGCGAUCUUCCCAUCUCCGUCGCAGCGGGCUGGGUUGCGCUGAUCUGGUAUUUUAUCGUGCUAGCGGUGUGUGCCUUGGGCUACGUGCAAAUGACGCCCCCCCAUGUCACUGCUAUUCGUCCUGUCAAAGGCCUCGAGCCCCAUCUUUAUGAUUGUCUCGCUGCGACCUUUCGUCAAGACUACCCGCGCGACAAAUUGACUGUCUGUCUAUGUGUCUCGACUCGCGAUGAUCCAGCCUACCCAAUACUGUGCAAACUGGUCGCGGAUUUCCCAGAUGUCGAUGCGCGAGUCUUGGUGGAGGAAGACGAUCCACUACUCCAGGAAAACGACUCGAAUCACUACCACCUUGGCCCGAACCCUAAGAUCCGCAAUAUGAGUCGUGCAUACCGGGAGGCAAAGGGGGAUAUCGUUUGGAUUGUUGACUGCAAUGUCUGGAUCGGCAAAGGUGUCUGCGGUCGCAUGGUCGACAGGCUUUGUGGCACAGGAGCGACGUCAGACAAGAAGUACAAGUUCGUGCACCAUUUGCCCGUGGUUGUGGAUGUUACUGGCGAGAAGAACCUCGCCGAAGAGCGGCAAACACUCCUGGAUGCUUCUCACGAUGCUGCGAUCGCGAAUGAUGCAAUGUCAACUAGCCGCCCAGAAGACGAUUUCUCCAGCAUGGUUGAGCAUGGCGGUGGCCGUCUUGAGGAAUUGUUCCUUUCCUCGGCGCAUGCGAAGUUUUACACUGCUAUCAACACUGUUCUCAUUGCGCCAUGCAUUGUAGGGAAGUCUAACAUGUUCCGACGCUCACACUUGGACUAUCUUACUGGCCUUUCGCCGACGGACUUAAAUCCACGCAAUCCUGGUAUCGACUUUUUCUCGGACAAUAUCUGCGAAGACCACUUAAUCGGCGACCUUCUAUGGAAAAAGAAAGUACGCGAAGAGAAAGAACUUGGCGAAAACUGGGGCAAACAUGCCAUGGUUUUUGGAGACCUGGCCAUUCAACCAGUGUCGAACAUGCGUGUUCAAGCAUACACUGCACGACGAGUUAGGUGGCUUCGCGUGCGUAAAUUUACAGUGCUUCUCGCAACCCUCGUCGAGCCCGGUACCGAGUCUUUCUUGUGCUCUAUAUACGGGGCUUUUGGUAUCAGCACGGCACUGGCACCGUAUCUUGAACAGAAGGGCUUUGAGUUCGCGUCUUAUCUCGGCACACGGGCUUCUUUCUUUGCUAUAUUUGCCCUUAGCAUUGCAUUCUGGAUCAUGGUGGAUUGGACCUUGUAUAUCAGGCUCCAUUCUGCGAAGACUAUAGAAUUAGACGCAGAUACCCCGCCUUUUGCAAGGCCCGUUCGCCAAGGUUCUUCCUCGAUCACUCGUCGCCCAUUUUUACAAUGGCUCGCUGCAUGGCUAGGUCGUGAACUACUCGCUUUGCCUAUCUGGACUUUGGCAGUCUAUGGUGGUGUAACUGUCGUUUGGCGAGACCGCCGUUUCAAGGUUGGAUUUGAUGCUAAAGUCCGGGAAAUAGACGCUGAUGUGACGAGGCCCGAAGACUCGCCUUUCAAACAACAAGCUAAUGUUGGGAAGGACAACAAGGUCCGUCGUGAUUGA